UCGAGGUGUACCUCGAUCGCCAGUAUGAGUUCUACGGCACGUGGGACAACUAUGUGGAUCAGGUGGUGUUCGACCUGAAGAGGUGUGGCUGGGUGGUGGACGCAAUGCCGGUGAACCGUUGGCGAAUGGCGUCGCGUGACUGCGCACGGCUGGUGUUCUUAGGAUGUCUGCACCACAUCGCUCGGGAUAAAGUAUUCCUCCAGCAGUUCGUGCUUCCUAUGCUGGCCACCGUCAUCCGGGGACCUGUCCGCGUAUUUGUGCCAUUCACCAGCGUCCAGAACGUCAACGGUGGAGAGUGGCAGUGGACCCUGUUCCAACCGCUGGUCGCACCGGACCCGGGACGUCAGACCGUUCAUGUUGUUAUGACGAAUGUUUCGAGCGCGGACUACAGACCCCAGUGCAGCGACACCCACGAGUACAAACGUCUCAACGGUGGCCGCAUCAGGGAGUUGAACCACUUCGUGGCUCUGUCUCACGACAACACCGCGAAAAAUCACGAAGCUGCUGUCACGAGGAUGGCCGGUCUUGUGCGCUUGGCACAAGACGACUGCAAGGAGUCGGAGGCGAGGCUCAAAGAAGCUGUAGGGGACUCGGGUGGUUCACCGUCGUCUCCUCAUACCUGCACGGAACUGGCGGACGCGCAGGGCAAGGCGCAAGAGCAGCUCAGGCGGAGGCAGGCCGCUUACAGAUGUAUAACGGGCACGUACUUCAUCCCGCUGGCUUCCGCGGCGGAGGUAACCGCGUUGGAGAAGGAGUGCUUCAACAAGCGGCAGGUGGGUCUUUGGGGCUCGGGUGUCGAAGAAGUGAGCAAACAGGAAGUUGCUCUCCGACCUGCCGCCAGGAUGAAGAGCGGAGGCUCGCGGAGCGUAAAGCGAUUGCAGCUGCUGAAGAGGAGCGCCGCAGGAUGGGGAAAAGCAAAGACGGGGGUGGAAGGACAGGGGGUGAGGAGAAGAACUAUGGAGGGUCGAGCCGCAAGGGGGGCGGCGGUGGUGGCGAGGGAGGGGACAAGGACGAUGACAACGCUGGGGGGUCGGGCCGCGAGGGAGGAAUGGGUGGUGGCAAGGGCGGCGAAUAGGAUGACGAUAACGAUCCGGAUGAUGGCGAGGGACAACCGUCAGGAGGAGGUGGUCAAAAGGGGCGGGGAUCCGCAAGGAAUGGGGGGCGGUAAGGCGGAAGAUGGUGACAGGGAUGGCCCCGCAGCUGGCGAGAACGAGAAGAAGGGGGACAUGGGCGUGGGCGUCGGUACUCGCUUUCACACCGGUAGUUGGGAGGGAAGCGGAGGGGGGCAUGGGACCAUUUUAAAGGUGAAUUUGGAUGACGAGUUCUUGACGGCGUCAUACGACGUCCACAUGAACGGGGAGACGACAGAAAAAGCCUUCCCCGCGAAGCGAGUUGAGGACGCCGGAUGGUAUGCUAGAAGACUUCACCAGAGGGCANUCUUCCCCGCGAAGAAUGUUGAGGACGCCGUAUGGAAUGCUAGAAGAAUUCACCAGAGGGCACCAUCCGGGGGGGGAGAGAAGGACUCGAAGCAAGCGGGCGGUGGGUCAAGCGGGGAAAACAAUGCAAGGGUGGGGAUGCUUCUGGACCUCACGGUAGUCCGGGAGUGGAUGGCACGACGAAUAAUGAACGGAACUCCGAACGGGAUGAGGGGUCCGAUAAAGAAGGUAGUGGGAAUGGUGGCGGCGACAACAAACGGAAGCAUGGGUCGGCGGGGGAUGGGAAGCGGAAGCGGCGGUCGGCGGGCCGCAGGGAGCAGUCGGGAGCGGGCGAUGGGACGGGCGAAGGAGGGGGUGGGCGUGGUCCCGGUUGGGAAGAUGACCCGGACAAGGAAGAUGACNCCCGAUAAAGAAGGCAGUGCGAAUGGUGGCGGCGACAACAAACGGAAGCAUGGGUCGGCGGGGGAUGGGAAGCGGAAGCGGCAGUCGGCGGGCCGCAGGGAGCAGUCGGGAGCGGGCGAUGGGAUGGGCGAAGGAGGGGGUGGGCGUGGUCCCGGUUGGGAAGAUGACCCGGAUAAGGAAGAUGACCCGGAUAAGGACCCAGGCUCGGGGGACGGCGAAAACAAGGAGAAGCCAUUUUUUUUGCUAAUNGAUAUAUGGUUCGUGUACAACAUCGCUUUCAUCUACGCGAUAGCCCGUCUGGAACUCGACGACACGCCCACGAGUAUCGCACGUAGGGACGUGACAGCAUUCUUCAGCCAACAGGACUGCGUCAACUUUCUACGUUUCACGCAAUCGCAAGUGAGUGCAUAUCGCAGCUAAAUAUUAUAUCGUUGCUGUGGCUUGGACAUGUGUACUCCGGCUAUCAGCAGCAGCAGUGUGUGUGUCAGUAUGUCGUUCAACAGCAGCAGCAGUAUGUCAGCAUCCCGUGGGUCGCGAGGAGUUAGCCGUUCUGGGUGCGUCAAGCCACCGUGCUAUGUUAGACCCACAGGCCAACGGAGAUGUGUGCACUGGAAUNUCACAAGCCAACGGAGAGGUGUGCCCUGGAAUAACAAGUAACACAUCGUUCUUUGCUUUCCUGUGUGGUGUCACGUGAUGCAGGUUAUGCUGAUGCUGGAUCUGCUGUU